AAAAAAAUUAAGUCAUAAUGAAAGUUCUGAUAAUCACAUCGUUAGUAUUAUUCGUGAUUAGUGCGGCAUAUUCAGCACAGCCAUCUCGUAGAAAUGACAAGAACAGCAAUUUAGCGGUAAUGCUUGCUUACAGGCCAAAAAGCGAAAUUCAAACAAAAGACAAUAAUAAUAAAUCAUGGAAUUAUCGAAUUACGGACGACAAAAAUGCAUCGACUGAAGAGGCAUUGAAUAAAAAGCUUAUGGAUUUGUUGACGAAAGAGAAUCUAGCCAAAUACCUCAGUGAUUUUAAUGAUAAAGAGACGAGAAACAAUAAGAGAAGUACCGUUUCCUCUUGUUCUUCCUCGUUUGAGUCAACCGAGUCCAUUGACGAUGCCAAAAUUGUUGAGAUAAAUAAACAAAAGGAAGAUAAAAAGUCAUGCUACAAAGACACCUACAAAAAUGUUUUGAAUGCAUUUGAAGAGGCACUUAGGAGUCAAAUUCAAGAUUAUAAAAAAUGUGUCUGUCAAAAGAAACACAAAACUACAACAACGACUACGACCAGUACAACGACUGAAGCACCACAAGAAUCAGAUGAAGAUCUCAAUGGUGCCGAUGGACGUGCAUUUGAAGACAGCCCAAUUUUAAUAGGAAAUGAUACUGAAAUUGCAUCCGCUAUCGAUCAUCCCGAAGACAUCAUUUGUUUCCACAAGCAAUAUGCAUUCAUGUUAAAGAAGCUCUUGGACCGAAUUCCAUGCAAAGCACCGCAACUCUCAUCGCCGUCGAGUUUAGAGGAAUUUAAUAAUGAGGCAGGUAAUAAAAGAAACGAAAGACACAACGUGCAAUCAAAUGAAUCUGAAUCUAUUGAAUUGGAUGUAUCGAAAAUAACACAAAAACCAACAACGAAAGAAAAUAAUAAAUUAAAUAGAGAGAAAAUCGACAGCGAAGACGAUUUAAAAGAACUUAUUCUGGGAGUUUUAAAAGAGCACUUAAAGCUAAAAGAAGAGAAAGUUAUAAAGAAAAUUACCACAACCACACCAAUUACAAUAGAAGAAUCAGAUGAGGAUGUAGAUAAUCAUGAGAAAUUCAUAGAAAAACUGAAGCAGCUCUUUCAAGAUUUGGAAUCUGAAGAAAAUUCAUUUCCAGUGCGACAGAAUAAAUUUAACGAUGACUCAACGGCUUCAAUGUCUUCACGAAAGUUUACGAAGAAGUCAAAUGUUAAGCCCGCGAUUUUUGACCAAUCCGAUGAACUCAGAAAACAUAAACAAAGCAAAUCAAGAAAAAAUCUCACAAACGAGAUUCCACGUCGAUCCACAGUCAGUGAAGAUUCCGAUGAGUCAACAGAAACCUCCUUUAAAGUUAAGAAUUCAAAAUUUGAGAAGCAGUAUCUUAAAGCUAAAGAAUAUCUUCGAGAACAAGAUAAAAGUUCAUCAAAAUUAUCAACAGUCAGCGACGACAAAUCGCGUAAAUCCUACCGAACAUCAGCCAGAUCCGGAGAUAAUGAGACAAAUCAUAAUUCAUAUGAAGAACAUGCAACGAAAGAAACGCCAAAAAAGUCGAAAAAUUCCAGCACACUUAAUGACGAUCGACUUGCCAAUGACCUUGCGAAAGCGAUAUCUGAUCUUGCCAGAAAAUACAUCAAAAGCUAA